AUGUUAAUACGUAGGUAGGAUUUUCAUUAUAUAUAUUAUAUAAUAGGAUGUAGGUGGUAGGUCAAAAUCUAAGACAGUUUUUGCCUUAGUUCAUGAAGACCUGUGAUGUGUACAAAUAUGUAACUAUUUUAUAGUAAUUAUUACAUACAUUCAAACUACUGAGUAAGUAUGACAUUACCAACCCAAAAAGAUGAACCAACAAAAUCAACAUUGACACAAGAAUCAAUAUUGGUCAAAUCAAAUUUAAAAGGAGAUUGGCCUAAUAUUUUUCUAUUGUUGUUGCUUUACAUAAUGCAAGGCGUUCCUUUAGGCAUUAUCACAGUUACUCCAAUGCUUUUACAAAGUAAACAAAAUGUAACUUACAAAGAACAGGCUUUAUUUAGUUUAGCUUCAUGGCCAUUUAGCUUAAAACUGUUAUGGGCUCCUUUGGUAGAUGCACUCUACAUACAAAAAAUUGGAAGGCGUAAGUCAUGGCUCAUUCCAGUUCAGUUUUUAAUGGGAAUAUGCUUUUUUUAUAUGGCUAACGAUAUCAAUGACUUGUUGCCCGAAACGGGAAAACCAAACAUACUUAAACUAGUAUUUAUGUUUUUCAUAUCUACCUUCAUGGCCGCCACCCAAGAUAUAGUAGUUGAUGGUUGGGCAUUGACUUUGCUACAAAAAAACAAUGUAGGCUAUGCAUCUACUUGCGGUUCAAUGGGUCAAGUAAUGGGUAUAAUGAUAAGUGCCGUGUCUUUCAUUCUGUUUACGUCAGAAGACUUUAGCAAUAAAUAUUUAAGAAUUACGCAUAAUGUUGGAGGAAUAGUGACCGUUAAAAGUUUAUUUUUGAUUUGGGGCACUUUAUUUACCGUAAUUACGACAUUAAUUGCCAUUUUUAAAAAUGAAAAAGAUAAUAGAUUAGAGGAUAAUCAUAUUAAGCUUAAUACAUUUCAAAGCUAUAAGCUCUUGUGGGACAUUUUAAACUUACCCAGUGUUAAAAUAUUGGCAAUAGCAUUGUUGACAAUGAUGAUUGGAUUUGCGUCAACUGACAGUGUGGUGAACUUGAAACUCAUAGAUGCUGGAGUACCAAAAGACAACAUUAUGAUUAUACAGACAGGAAUGUAUGCUGUAAAAAUUAUUAUACCAGUGAUUGCAGUAAAAUACACAUCGGGUCCAAAACCGAUAAGCACAUACCUAAACGUGACACCCUUCAGAUUACUUUGUAACUCUUUAUUUAUUUUACUAAUUUAUUAUACGCCAGAGUUAAUAAGAAAUAAUGGUGUCAUAGAUAUUCCAAUGUAUUACUAUAUGAUAUUAUUAAUUAUACAAAUGAUCCACGAUAUCCAAUAUAACAUUAUGAUAGUAGCUUUGGUAGCUUUUUACUAUCGGAUAAGUGAUACUCGUUUUGGCGGUACUUACCUGACAUUAUUGAACACCCUUUCAAAUCUAGGAAUGCUAUGCUCAAAAUCUGCUGCAAUUGGAUUGAUAGAUGUCUUAACGUUCAAGGAAUGCUCAUUUGAUUCAAAGAAUAAUUGUUCUACUCCAAAUGUUCAAAAUAUGUGUAAAUCAAAAGGAGGUGAUUGUAUCGUAAUAGUUAAUGGAUAUUACGUAGAAACUAUUGCUUUCACCAUUUUUGGAAUCAUCUGGUAUUUUAUUUUUAAAAAUAUACUCAAACGCUUGCAAAGUAAGAGUCCAUCUCAUUGGCAAAUUAAUUUUCAAAUUCAAGAAUUUGAAAAUGACAAGAAUGCUUACACCAUGAAUGUAAAAACGUAAUUUUUUAAACAGCUAGAAUGCUAAUUUGUAUCAUUAAAAUUAGUAUUUUGAAAAAUAAUUGAUUUUAAUGUGGUUUUGAAAAACAUAUAAAACAGUACAAAUUAUGUAAAAUUUGUUAUUUUUAAGUUUGUAAAUCAAAGUUUGAAAUAAUUGAUUUUAGUUAUGUUUACCUACUAUGUGACAUAGGUUUCAGCCGUUUUAGGUAGAAAUAUUUAUAAAUAAACAUUUAUUG